UAUUCAUUUUUUGUAGAUAGACCAUCACGAACCACACUCUAUACCAGUAAGUGGCGGUAAUGCUACUAAACGUUUGUUGCCAACCGCCAGUAAAUCCAAGAAGAAGAACACACGUCCGUUUUGACCUCUCCAACAUGGCGGCGGAUCCCACUCCAGCUGUGGUCUCCGGUCAGUGGCUGGCGGAUGCCAUCCAAAACAAACUCGUCGGUCCAAAACUCCGUAUCCUGGACGGGUCCUGGUACUUGCCAAAAACCAAGCGGGACACCAGAGAGGAGUUUAACCAGAAACACAUACCGGGAGCGUCGUUUUUCAACAUAGAUGAAUGCUGCGAUAAGAGCUCCCCGUACGACCACAUGCUGCCGACUCCCAGCGACUUCUCCCGGUAUGUCAGUGACCUCGGCAUCGGGAACGACACCCACGUCGUCGUCUACGACACCAGCGACUUCGGCUCGUACACCGCGCCCCGUCUGUGGUGGACGUUCCGGGUGUUCGGACACAGCUCGGUGUCGGUGUUGGACGGGGGCUUCAAGAACUGGGUGGCUGACGGUCACCCGGUGACCUCCGACUACACCAAGCCGGAGAAGACAGACUUCCAGGCGAGCCUGAACCAGUCCUGGGUGAAGAGCUACGAAGAUGUGCUGCAGAACAUCAAGACCAAGCAGGUCCAGGUGGUGGACGCCAGGUCUGGUGGCAGGUUCCGGGGUACCGACCCAGAACCAAGAGAAGAUAUUCUCCCUGGACAUUUCCCCGAAACCAUAAACAUCCCCUUCACGUCUUUCCUGGAUUCCUCUGGAAAGCACCACAGCCCUGAGAAUCUGACCAAGCUCUUCCAGGAAUCCGGGGUGGACCUGGAGAAGCCUCUCUGGGCCUCCUGCGGUUCUGGAGUCACGGCUUGUCACGUGAUCCUGGCUGCCCACCGGCUUGGCUACUCUGGGGUUGGUCUUUAUGACGGGUCCUGGGGAGAAUUUUUCAAAAGGGCUCCUCCAGAGUUCAUCGUCUCAGAGGGGGAGGGAAAGAAGGAGUGAUAGCCAGGUGCAAACACAAACAGGUCUCUUUUUGAGGAUGGAAGCAACGUUUGGCUGUGGAGAAGCUUAAAAUACUAGCCUUGUAUUACGAGGUUUAUGCUGGGAUGAGCACAUGAAAGGCUUUGAUGAAUCCUGACUAACUUACAGAAAGCUGCAGAUUUUAAGAGUUGCAGAAGAAAUCAUUUCAGAGAAUCUCACACUGUGCUAUGCAAAUAUAAUCUAGCUUUUAUUUUGUGGUCUAAUAUAAAAUUAAAGAAAUGAUUCAUGUUACAUGUUAAAUAAUGUGUUUCAACGUGUAUCAUUGCUCAAUAAUGUGAAAACUGAACUGCCAAAGUGCCUUAAAUCUGCAUGCAUCUUACGGUGCUACAAUCUCUGUUUUGUUGCUAUACUGCUAUUACUGUAGUGAUUCAAUGUGAAAUUUUGCAAACCUGUAAAUGUCAAAGGUUCUGUUGCAGAACUCUAUGCAUUUCAAUUGUAGAUCAUAGCAUUAAAGGAAUUACCACGUUGUA